AUUCCAUAGGUGAAAAAAUAUCUUACGGAAAAAAACCCUAAAUGUCCGAAUGAUCAUCCAGGAGAACAACUUAUGAAAUAUCUUACGGUGUUCCCGCGUUCUGUAACCUCACUAGUCACUACUACACUACUUCUUUGAAACCCUUAUUUUCUCAAUCUAAGAACCCGUAAACACUUCUAGUCAAAAUCCAACCAAUAACAAAAAAAAUCGGAUACCUCAUUUCUCCGAAAUGGUAAAGGAAAAUCUUUCUGAAUCAGAAUCUGAUGGAAACUCUAGUAAAUCGAGUUCCGAAGAGGUCGAAGAAUUUACAGAUAAUGAUGAUGACGAUAAUGAGAAAGGGAAUGAUGGAAUGACAGAAUAUGAGAAGCAGAGAUUGUCCAGGAUUCAAGAGAAUAGGGCAAGAUUGGAAGCUUUACGGUUACCAAAUCUCGCUGCUACUUUAUCUUCUGGUUCCAAAGGGAAAAUAAAACAACAUGAACAGAAAAAGGGGAAAGUAGGGAAGAAAAGCAAAAAGGAUGAUGAUGAUGAUUAUGUACAACCAUCUGAUAGCGAAGAAGAAAUUAGGGUUAGUUCUUCUUAUUCUACAAGCGGAGAAGACUCGAACGAAGAAGAAUUUAAUCAAAUUAACAAAGCUGGUAGUUCCCGUUCUCGUCGUCCUAAGGGAAAAAACAUACACUCUCCAAAAAGGAGAAAAGGUAAGAAACAACUUCGGCGGAAGAAGAAGAAUAUAAGUGAAUCAGAUUUCAUUUGUGAUGAGGAAAAAGCUCUAAUGCAGGCGAUUGCUCUUUCGCUUGAGGGCUCAGAAGCUGUGAAUCAAGAGCCUCUUCAGUAUUCUAAAACAAAGGCUGAUGCUGAUCUAACUAAAAGAAAAGGUGGAGGCAAAGUCAAGGAAAAUGAUGAAAGGAGAAAAAGAAUAAAGCCGAAUACGAGCCGGGUGCAGAUGACGGAGGAUCAGGUGAUCAUUCGCUUCUUUCAGUUUGAUGAAGCGGGGAAAGGGAGUAUAACUAAAAGAGAUUUGCAAAGAGUAGCAACUGAACAUGAUUUUUCAUGGUCCGAUGAGGAGAUGGCUGCUAUGAUUCAUUGCUUUGAUAGUGAUGGAGAUGGAAAGCUAAGUCUUGAAGAUUUUCGAAAAAUUACGUACCGAUGCAAUUUAGUACAAAGCCAUGCAAAUUCUUCGAUUGUCUGAAGACACGUAUCCAGUAGGAAGCACAUGAGCUUGAAAUGAGUGGUACGUGUACAGCUAAUUCUGUAUACUUAUUUCCAUCGUAUUGUGGUUCUCUUUCUUUCUGUAGUGUUAUCUACUUUUGUUUUAAUUUAAACUGGAUUCUUAUGUAUAAAUUAUACAAAAAUUGAUCUGUUAGAAUUGCAAAGCGUAGGGUGAAUUGGUUGCGUAAGGGUGACUUUUGUGGUUUUAACUAUGGCCUUCAAAUGGUUUUGAAUCGAGACAAUUUUAUUAA